CUUCCUUCCACCCGGUGGAUUCUGACUGAACUCAGGACAGUUAGCCAGAUAGUGGUUUUUUUUUUUUUUUUUUUUUUUACUUUUCCUUUUCUUCUUUUCUUUUUUUUUCUUUUCUUUUUCUUUUCUUUUCUUUUUUUUGGUUCUUUUUUUUCUGGAGCUGGGGACCGAACCCAGGGCCUUGCGCUUCCUAGGCAAGCGCUCUACCACUGAGCUAAAUCCCCAACCCCUACUUUUCCUUUUCUUUCUUUUUUCUUUUGCCCAGGAUGGCCUGGAACUUGCUCUCCUGGCGGGGGAGCGGAGCUCGAUUGCUAUUGGCUGCGGAGGGGAAUGAUGACCCAAUCCUCGUCCAGUAACACGCCUCCGCCUGGGAUCACUUCCGUCGCGGGGAUCAAUUUCCGCCUAGCGUGCCCUACACUCUCGCGCGGGUUGGAGCCAAGAUGGAGGAGUACGCGAGAGAGCCGUGCCCCUGGAGAAUUGUGGAUGACUGUGGCGGUGCCUUUACCAUGGGUACCAUAGGUGGUGGCAUCUUCCAGGCCUUCAAAGGUUUUCGAAAUUCUCCAGUGGGAGUAAACCACAGACUCCGAGGGAGUUUAACAGCUAUUAAAACCAGGGCCCCACAAUUGGGAGGUAGCUUUGCAGUUUGGGGAGGCCUGUUUUCCACGAUUGACUGUGGUAUGGUUCAGAUAAGAGGCAAAGAAGACCCCUGGAACUCCAUCACUAGCGGUGCCUUAACAGGAGCCAUCCUGGCAGCAAGAAAUGGACCGGUAGCCAUGGUUGGGUCAGCUGCGAUGGGCGGCAUUCUCCUAGCUUUAAUUGAAGGAGCUGGUAUCCUGUUGACCAGGUUUGCCUCUGCACAGUUUCCUAAUGGCCCUCAGUUUGCUGAAGACCACUCCCAGUUGCCUUCAAGCCAGUUGCCGUCCUCACCAUUUGGAGACUACCGACAGUAUCAGUAGGACUUGGUCCCCAGGAUUCCUGGACCUGGGUGGACUGCAGUUUGGUAGGGUUUCAGAAGAUCAAGUUACAGUCUGUUGAAAGCCUUAGGUGGGACACCGGCGGCCAAGCAGGCCAUCAAGAGACAUUUAGCACAUUUUUCUAUUUAAAAGAGACUCAGAGUGUGGAAAAGAUACCGAGUUUAUUUAUUCAUGCUUGGAUUGCAUCUGUGAUCAAAAUAAAUGUCUAAUACCAUUUAAAGAAUGUAUAUGAACUUAGAAGAUAAAGGACCAAAGGCCACAUAACAGUGAAACUCGACUGUCCUUCCUUCGGGACUUCUCUGCCUGGUGUUUAUGUACAGUUGUUCAGACAAUAAAAGGCUUCUGGGACUUGA